UCAAAUCUUAACCGUUUUUACAUCGUUUUGAUUUGACCGAAUAGUCAACGAGUUGUGUUAGUUUUUGUGUUUGUACCCCAUUUUUAUCGUUAUCAAUGCGGAAAAGCUAAAGUAAUUCAUGAUGGAACCGUCAAAGGAACCAAUCAACGUACGAACGAAGCGAAUAAUAAACCACAUAAUAGGAAAUGCUUCAAGUGUAGAAGAAACGUUAUCAUUAUUAACUAGAGAAGGAUUACUGGACGUUUUAGAUGUAUUAUACGAAGAAUGCAGCUCGGAAUGCCUCAAAAACGUGGAUAAAAACAUAAAAAAAUUCGUUGAGCGGCAUAAAAAAACGAUUGGGGUUUUGAAAAAGUUACGGGUGAAUUUAUCCGAUUUCGAAAUAAAGAAUGUUAUCGGAAGGGGACAUUUUGGAGAGGUGCAUGUUGUUAAGGAGAAACAAACGGGACAUAUUUACGCUAUGAAAACGAUUAAAAAGCAUAAAAGUUUGGAAGCAAAAAAUGCCAGUUUUGAGGUGGAACGGAAUAUCAUGGCUUUUUCAACGUCACCGUGGUUAACUUCUUUACAAUACGCUUUUCAAGAUGUCGCUAAUUUAUAUUUUAUUAUGGAUUAUCACCCCGGAGGCGACUUAGUUGGACUUUUAUAUAGACAAGGAGGAACAUUACCAGAAAGUGCUGCUCGAUUUUAUAUUGCAGAAUUGGUUGUUGCUUUGAAUGAUUUGCACGAAAUGGGUUAUGUUCAUCGUGAUAUAAAACCAGAUAAUAUCCUUUUAGAUCGAUGUGGUCAUGUUAAAAUAGUCGAUUUUGGAUCAGCUGCUUUGUUGAAUUCUAAAGGGGAAAUGUCUGAUGUUGUCCCUGUUGGAACUCCGGAUUAUAUAGCCCCAGAAAUUCUUCAAUCGUUUGAUAAUCGAACUAAAAAAACUUAUGGAAUUUCUUGUGAUUAUUGGUCUUUAGGGGUGCUAGGUUAUGAAUUAACUGUGGGAAAUACUCCAUUUAAUGGCUCAAACACCACUGUGACAUAUUCUAAGAUAAUGAAUCAUCAAACAAGCUUAAAAUUCCCCCCUGAUAUAAUUUUAACACAAGGUUUUGUUGCGUUAAUUCGAAAUUUAUUGACGGAUGAAGACCAUAGGUUGACAUACGAAGGGAUUUUAAAACACCCGGUGUACAAAAACGUCGAUUUUGAUUCAUUGCGAGACCAAGUUCCUCCUUAUGUUCCAAAAAUUUCUUCUAUCGAUGAUACAAGUAACUUUAUUGAUGUUGCAAAAACAAAAAAUGAGCCUCAUAUUGAUCAUUUUAAGAAGAAAACUCAAUUUUCUGGGAGAAAUUUGCCUUUUAUUGGAUUUACUUAUACUCCAUUUGUUGAAAUUAACAAUGAAGGUUUGACAAAAUGUAUUGUUAAAGAUGAAACAAUCACAACUUUAAAAAAGGAGAUUGAAAAGUUGCAAAAAAAAUUAAUGCAAGUUUCUGAUUUUGGAGAAAAAGAGAAUUUUGAACGAAAAUUGGACGAAAAAUCGAGGAAGUUAGAAAGUAUCGAGAAUGUUAGGAAAAAUUUAGAAAAAGAUUUAGCUAAAACCAUCGCAGAAUGUUCAGCUUUAAAGCGGAAAUUAGAUUUAGAGCGAAAAGAUCGAAGUGAAGUCGAAAAAAAGGCGUUGGAGUUAAUCAAAGCUUCGAAAUUGAAAUGGGAAGCGGCGGAAAAACCGAAAAUGGAAGCUUUAGAAGUGGAGCUAAUAAAUUAUAAAGAAAAAGUUGCAAAAAUUGAGAUUGAAAAUAAAAAUUUAAUCGAUCAAAUCAACCAGGUGGCUUUAUUAGAAAAUAAACACAAAGUUUCUUUAGAAAAAGUCGAAAAUUUACGACGAAGUAGCGUGGUCGGGUUAGAAACAAGACUUCAAAAAUUAACGCAUCAAAGCCAAAAGGAAUUAAACGAAUUACAAACAAAAUUAAUGGAAGAAAAUCAAAAAAAUAUCGAUUACGAAAAACUUUUGAACGAAUUAAAAGCGAUUAACGCCCAACUUAAAAAAGAAAUUAAUAAAAAAUCUGAGGAAUUAGAAGAGUUUAAGAAAAAAAUCGUUGAAUCUAACCUAAAAGACCAAAAAGUUGCUAAUAAAGAGUUUCAAAAAUCCAUCGAUGGUUAUAAAAAAGAAAUUGAAAUUUAUAAAGAUGAAAUAAACGAAUUAAAAUCAAAAAUUAUUAAUAAAGAUUUUCUUGAAAGCAAAAUUAAAUUUGAGCAGGAAAUUAACGAAAAAUUCAAACAACAAAUUGAGGAUUUAAAAACUGAGUUAAACUUUGAAAAACUUUCUAAUAAGUCAUCCCAAGAAGAAGUUAACUCUAAUUUUAAGUUACAAAUUCGUGCUUUAGAAGUAAAAAUAAGAGACGCAUUAGCAGAAAAAAACGACUUUCAUUGUAAAUUAAAAGAAGCCGAAUCAAAAGAGGAAGAUCAUAAAAGAAAAAUUAAUACUUUGGAGAAUUUAGUGAAAGAACUUGAACGCGGAGUUGGCGAACUCGAGGUUACUUCUGAUAAACAAAGCGUUUUGCAAAAACAAGUUGAGCGAUUAGAACAACAAUUAGUUGAGACUCACGAACAAUUUGCGUUAGAAAAACAAGAACUAUCUCAAUUAAAAUCGAAAUAUUGGCGGAUGGAACGUGAAUUACAAAACUCAAAUUUAGACAAAAAAAUUAUUGAGCGCGAUUAUAAAGAGGCGAAAGACCAAAAUAACCAAUUAACUCAAGAUAUCGAAGCGAUGAUUUUAAAAAUAAACGAAACUAAAACCACGCAUGAAAGAGCCCUUUUAGAAUUGAAUGGUUUAAACGAAAAUCUCACCACGGAAGUUAUUAAAUUAUCAGAAUUGGUUAAGAAUUUAGAAGAUAAGUUAAGCCUUCAACGUGAAAAAUCGGAUGGCGAAAAGGAUGCAUUUAACGAUUUAAGAGCAGAUUUACGGAAACGAGAUGAAGAAAUCCGACAAUUAAGAAAUGAAAUAAGUGAGGUAAAAAGCGAAAAGAACCAAUGGGAACGUCGCGUUUUUGAAAUUACUAAGCAAAAUGAAUUUAUUAAUGUUAAAAUUAAUAAAGAAUGUAAUGAAAAGAACAUUUUAAUGAAGGAAAUUGAAGAUUUAAAACGUAAAAUGAAUAAUUCACAACAAAAUCAAAAUGCUCUUCGUGAAGCAUGUUCAUUAUUAGAAACUCAAUUAGAAGAAUUUGAACAUUUAUAUCAAGUAUCAGAAUCAAAACGAACAUCAUUAAUAAGUGAAGUUGAAAAAUUAAAUUUUGAAUUAUCAACAACGAGAAAUGAAGUACAAGAAGCAAAGCGAUCAAUAAAUGAGGAAAAAUCACUUCGUCUUUUAGCCGAGACAAAAUCGAAAAAGUUAAUUGAAGAUGUAGAAAGUUUACAACAAGAACUUGAAAGUUAUCGAGAAGAAUGCGCCGAUUUUAAAACGUAUUCUUCCGGCUUAGCGAAUGAAUUAACCGCAGCCGAACAAAAAAUAACCGAUUUAGACGUUGAAUUAAAAGAUUGUAAGCGACGAUUAGAAAAUUAUCUGGCAGAAAAUGUAAUAAUCAAAGAAGAAAAUUCGAGUCAAUUAACUUAUUUAAACAACUUAAAAGAAUCUAACUUUAAAUUAUCCCAAAACUUAAACGAAUACAAAACCGUUAAUAAAACAGUAAUCGAUCAAGUUAAUUCUUUAGAAACGUUAUUAUCAGAAAAAGAAAUGUGUUUCAAAGAACGACAAAUCAAAAUGGACGCGACUAUUAAUCAACAAAUUAAAUUAAUCGACUAUUUGCAAUCAAAAAUUGAAGAAAAAAAGAAAAAAACUUUAACAGAUAAACUUUUUGGUGGAUCGAAAAAGGAAAAUCACCCCCCUCCAUCAAUCGUAUUAAAUUAUAAAGAUUUAGAACACCAAUUAUUUAAAGAAAAAGAAACGAACAAAAAUCUUCAAGAAGAAAUUAUUAAAUUAAAAUCGAUAACCUUACCGAAUUUAAAUUUAAACAAACUCGAUUCUAAAAUGAACAUUAAAGACCAAAAAAGACUUUUAGAACAAAUCGUUCAAUCUCCGCAAAAAAACGACCUUUAUCGCCAAAAUUCCGUUCAACGAAUGCAACAUAACAUCCCACACCGAUUCGAAUCGAAAUUGUGCACGAAAUCCAUCGUUUGCGGCCAAUGCGGUGAUUCAGUACAAAUUGGACGCGGAUCGAGUGUUUGUAGAGAAUGCUUGAUUCAAGUUCAUAGCGGUUGUGCGAAAAAUGUACCUAGAACUUGCGGUUUACCUCAAGGUUUUGCUAAACAUUAUUCAGACAGUUUGAGUCGGUUGAAAACGAAGAAAGAAUUUGAUGGGAAUAAUGAACAAAUUGAGGAUGAGGAUGAUGGAAAUGUUGUUUUUGAUGUUGAAGGAUAUGUUAAAGUUCCUGUUAAAUCGUCAUGGGAAAAAUACUACGCGUGUCUCACAUCAAAAUCAUUAACAAUUUACGAAGAACCCCCGAAUACUACAACAACGAAAAUCGUCGAUAAACUCAAAUUAAAUCAACUUGGAACGCAUGGAAAAAUUACUUUAGAACCUGUUGAAUCCGAAAUUGGAAUUGCCGUAGCGAAUAGCGAUCUUCCGUUUGUUAUUAAAGUGGAAAUUUCGCCCGAAACAACCUGUUGGCCCCCGAAAAAUAUUAUUUUUAUGACUUUAAGUGUUGAAGAUAAAGAUAAAUGGUAUAAAGCUCUCGAUAGAUUGUUUAAUUCGCCGAAUGGAAAAUAUGAUGGAGAUGUUGUUUUAAAAUUACAAGAAGAAAUCGAAGUGAAUUGUUUAAUUGAAUUUGGGGAUGAUUUGAAAUUGUUAGGAAGUGAUAGAGGGUUAUUUUCGUUUAAAAAUGAAACUCUUUCUCAUAUUUCCGGUCCGUUACACAUUCAGCAAAUAACAUCCAUCCAAAAAUUGAAUUUAAUCGUGAUGAUUGUCGAUGAAAAUCGAGUUUUAAUCACUUGCGAUUAUAAACACGUUCAAAAUUUAUCACUUUGCGCACCAUGUUCAAAACCAACGCUUCAAUUCAACACUAUUAAUGUAAAAAAUAUCGACGGUUUUCAUAUUUUUAGUGUUUCAACGAAGAAGGAUUUGUUAUGCGCCGCAACAGCGCGUCAAAUAAUCAUAAUGUUUUACGAUUCAAAAUUAAGAGAAUACAUUCCAGAAAGGAUUUUAGACACGGCCGAACCAACAAGUUGCAUUUUAUUCACCGAGUACACCGUUUUAAUUGGAGCCGAUAAAUUUUUCGAAAUCGAUUUAAAUAAUUACGAAGUUGAUGAGUUUUUAGAUAGUUCCGAUAGGAAUUUAAGCUUGGCCAUUGGUUGUUAUAAAUUAAAAUCGUUUCCUUUGGCUAUUUUAGAAGUUUCGAAACAUCCCGUGGAAUAUUUGUUGUGUUACAACGAAUUCGCAAUUUUUGUGGACGAGUAUGGAAGGAAUAGUCGAAAAAAUGAGAUCAAAUUUAACCAUUUGCCGAGUGCUUUUUAUUUUAUCAGUAAUCAUUUAUUCGUGGUACAAUUUUGUGCUGUUGAUAUCAUUAAAAUUUCUUCAACGAGUAAUCAAGACGAUGAUAACGUUGAUUUUGAGCGGGUUAAAAUCGAUUUAGCUAGUCCGAAAUAUUUAGGGUCAUCAAAGAAAGGGAUUUACGUUAAAAAUCAAAAAUUGAUUAAAUUAAUUUGUUGUAAAGACGAUUUAGUGUCAGAUUUGGAUGCUUCAACUGAUAGUGAUGCGUUUAGUUUUACAAGUUCGAUGGUGAGAAGCCUCGAUGGGCAUUUAAGUGAUGAUGAGGACCGUUUUGAGAAUGAAAAGAGGGUUAAAUUCGCACGAACGACCGAUUUAUAAAUCAUUUUCUAUUUUAUAACCACUUUUAACUUUUAUUAUGAUAAUGUACUUGUAUUAUUUAUGAUUUUAAGUUUAUAUUAUACAAGAUGUACUUAAAUAACUGAAAACUAAAUUGUAAAAAGACUUGCCGUUGAUGAUUUUAGUAUUAUAUUUUUUGAAAUAAAUAAAUAACUUAUUU